AUGACUAGCAACCAAGGAAAUAAGCAAACUCUCCCACCUUCAGCUACUCGUUUCUUUAAAGUUAUAACAACAUCAAUUUGUCAAAAUGGAAAGCUUAGGAUUCCAAGCGGUUUUAUUAUGAAACAUAAUAAUGAUAUAUCAAAUCGAAUGUUUCUCAAGACUCCGGAUGAAAAAAAAUGGGAAAUGCAUAUAGCUAAAGUUGACAAGUGUUUUUGGUUUCAAAAGGGUUGGAAGGAGUUUGCUACAUAUUAUUCACUAGAUCACGGACACGUGAUAUUCUUUGAAUACGAAGGAAACUCUCAUUUUGUGGUACACAUAUUCGGCCCGAGUACACUUGAAAUUGAAUAUCCUUUCAAUGAAAAUCAUCAUGAACAAGACAACCUUAUUGAAAUUAGUGAUGACGACUCAGUUGAAAUUUCGGAUAAAUCAACUUCAUGCAAGAAGAAGUCUAUACCUAAAUCACCAAUUUCAUAUCCUCGGUCACAUAAGAAACUUAGAAGUGACACGAAUGAAGAUGUUGAAACAAACUCCAAAUAUCAUAACUUUCCUGAGCAUCAUGUUCAAGCUAAAGACGAUACAAAUGAUAGCAUUGAACACCAAAGAGCGGAGGAUGAUGAGCACGAGCACGAGCAUGCGGAAGAACAAGAACAGAUAACUUCUAAAAUUAAUGAAGCAUUAAAUAGAGCUAGAAGUUUCAAAUCUAAAAAUCCAUCAUUCAAGAUUGUCAUGAAAUCUUCAUAUCUUCAUAGCUAUUUUUUGUAUGUCCCAACAAAAUUUUCAAUAGAUCAUAUAGAGAAAGAGCAAAGUGAUAUUCUUCUUCAGCUCAUGGAUGGGAGAACUUGGGAUGCCAAAUAUUCUUUUGGAAAAAUUAAAGCUGGAUGGAAGAAAUUUGUUGGAGACAAUAAGUUGAAAGUGGGUGAUGUGUGUGUGUUUGAAUUAACCAAAAGUAAAGUUCUUACUUUAAAAGUACUAAUAUUUAGAAUUGAAGAGCCACAUUUUCCUUCACCUCAAGAUCAAAGAGACAAAGACAUGUCCGAUGUUGAGAAUCAAACUAUUAUUCUCGAUAAAGGUAAGAAGGUGGCACAAAGAACUUCAUUGCGAAUAAAUACUCAUGCAUCUAUGAAUGAAGUUCAAGGCAAAGAUGAUGAGUUCAACUCUAAAUAUCCUUUUUUCAAAGUCAAAAUUACGAUGAAUCCACGAAGACAUUAUAGAUUGAUUGUACCAAUAUCCUUCAUCAGAACAUACUUGGAUAAUAAGAAGGAGCAGAUUGUCGAGUUAAAAUUCGGGAAGAAAUCGUGGCCGGUAAAAUUGCUUUAUUACAAGAAAUCAGGACAGUUUUCUAUAGGUUGGAAUCAAUUCUGGGAAGAAAAUAACUUGAAAGUUGGAGAUGUAUGUGUCUUUGAGCUCAUCAAGAACAAAGAUGCUAUACUUCGAGUUCAUAUCUUUAGAGGCAAUUGA